UCAAACUCAAUUUUCCUCGUUCGUUACCUCCGCUCUUCAGUCGUCACCGUUAAUCAGGAGGCUCAUCUUAGCAUAUCGGAACCGUCGUUCGAUUCGCCGGAGAGAGGGAGGAAGAUGGCAUCAGGGUGGGGAAUCACAGGCAACAAAGGCCGGUGCUACGAUUUCUGGGUCGACUUCAGCGAGUAGUUCAGGGCCUUAUAUGCAUCAAUUAAAGUCUAGGGGCUUAAUAGCGAUUCUGGGGUUAGUUCAGGGGCUUAACUUAUGGUUUUGCCUUCAUUUUAAUAGACGUAGUCAUUCUUG